UUCAUAGGUUAGUUGGAUAAUAUCCAUGAUGUAUCUUUUUGGGUGUGGUAUAUUGAACUGUGGCAUGCAGACUUUGCCCUCAUUUUUAUGAGCAGCAGGUAAAAGACCAAGAAAGAAGGCGUGCUGAGUUAGGAAGAAAACAGUCUCUUUGAGCUUGACCAGACUAGCAGAGUCCAAUCAUGCUGUCCCACUGCUUUGAUGUCUUUUGGGAGGCCUUAUCCCUACAGGUUUUUCUUGUGUUCUUUGCUACAUUUCUUCUCAUUGCUGACUACAUGAAACGAAGACACCCAAAGGAUUUUCCCCCAGGUCCUGUGCCUCUUCCUUUUCUGGGCAAUCUGCUUCAUCUUGAUAUCAGGAAGCCUCAGUUAUCUGUACAAAAGCUUGCAGAAAAAUAUGGCAAUGUCUUCAGCUUUCAGUUAGGAAACAUUCCGAUUGUGGUUGUGAAUGGACCGCAACUGGUGAAAGAAGCUCUCAUCCAUCAGGGUGAAAAUUUUCUAGAUCGGCCAAAACUUCCUAUUCUGUAUGACCGUUUUCAGACAUUUGGACUGAUCUUUUCUAAUGGAGUUAGCUGGAAACAGCAAAGACGAUUUGCCUUGUCAACUCUAAGAAACUUUGGUUUGGGGAAAAAAAGUUUAGAAGAGCGAAUACAGGAAGAGAGCAGGUUCCUCACUGAUGCCAUUGAAGAGAAAAAAGGGAAGCCAUUUGACCCUCAUUUUCUGAUUAACAAUGCUGUUUCAAAUGUAAUCUGUUCAAUCACUUUUGGGAACCGCUUUGAUUACCGUGACAGUCAGUUCCAGGAAUUAUUGCACUUGAUCGAUGAAGCAGGGAAAAUGCAGGAAAGCAUCGCGUGCCAGCUGUACAAUAUUUGCCCAGCUGUCAUGAAGCAUGUGCCAGGACCUCAUAAAACUGGUUUUAAAAACUGGGAAUAUUUAAAAUCAUUUGUGAGUAAAAUAAUUGAAAAACAUCAAGAAGACCGGAAUCCACAUGAAGCAAGAGAUUUCAUUGAUGCUUAUCUAAAUGAAAUAGCCAAGGAAGAUGCUUCUUCCAGUUUCCAUAAGGAAAAUCUUUUACAGUCAACACUAGACUUGUUUUUUGCUGGAACAGAAACAACUUCUACAACCUUGCGCUGGGCUUUGCUGUACAUGGCUAUGUAUCCAGAAAUUCAGGGAAGAGUUCAGGCAGAAAUAGACUCUGUCAUUGGCCAGUCUCGCCAGCCAGGAAUCGCUGACAGGGACAGCAUGCCUUACACCAAUGCAGUCAUUCAUGAAAUUCAAAGAAUUAGCAAUAUUUUGCCUUUAACUCUUCCUCGAGUGACAACUAUUGACACAAGGCUGGCUGGGUUUCAUGUGCCCAAAGGCACUAUUUUAGUCCCCAACCUGACAUCAGUGCUUUUUGACAAAGAUGAAUGGGAAACCCCCAACAAGUUUAAUCCUGGCCAUUUCCUGAAGAAUGAUCAAUUCAAGAAGAAGGAGGCAUUCAUACCAUUCUCUGCAGGAAAGAGAGGUUGCCUUGGGGAGCAGUUGGCUAGAAUGGAACUUUUCCUUUUCUUCACUGCCCUGAUUCAGAAGUUCACUUUCCAGGCUCCAAAGGAUGUGAAGCUCAGCCUUGACUUCAAGAUAAGUCAUACAAUGAGCCCAAAGCCAUACCAUAUACGUGCCUUCUCUCGCUAAAGAAAAACCAUGCUGCUCUCAAAAUAAGUAGGAUUAGAAUUGCCCCCCUCCUCAUCCAUACUUACUGUAAGCAGUUGUUAUGAUCUACAGGGGGUGGAAUCCAUUUUCUUGUCCCUCAGGAAGCAGAGGGCUGCCAUUUCCACUACCUUCCAUGAGAAAUUUCAGAUUUGACAGGCAAAAACAAGACCCCUGUCACAAUUCUCCCUUGUGCUGGACAUUGCUCACAUGGGGGAGAGGGUGGAACAGCUGUCAGUUGCUUCCCAAGCAAUAGGUAAACAGACUCCAUUGAUCAUAGCAGCUGCUUCCCAGAAAGUGCAGAUUGGGAGAUUUUCAUAGUCCCAAUGUAUCCCAGUGAUGUAUUCAAAUCUUUUACGACAAGACUCCAAUCUCUACCUUCAAGUCUCAAGUCCUUGCAAAAUACAUUUAAGGCGAGUCUCAAUUCUGGGAGCCAACUUUAACAGGAAAAAAAAAGAGGUUGUGGAGUCGGGGCGAGGCUUGAGGUCAAGGGAGCCUUCUAAAAAUUUUCAGGUGUAGAAGGCUCCUCCAUUGUGGAGUAGGGACAGGCUGCUGAGUAGAUCUCAAGCCCUGAGCACAAGGCACAUUUCUUGGAGGGAAACAUCAAAUACAUUAAGCAAUUGGGGGAUGCUUCCUGUAUUGCAAUGUAAAGUACUGCUUCCUUCAUGUGACCGGUAGGCAAAAAGCAAAGAUAUGGAAGUGUUGUUCAAAGGAGGAAAAACGUUUUCCAUUUCCUAACAUUUGUGGAUUAAGUUAGGCUAGCAAGUUAAUUGCUAAAAACAUACAUGCCAUGAGUUGAAUCAUGUCAGUGUUAUUUAUUGCAGAGUUGAGUCCAAGUUGAGUGACUAAAACAACUUGAGUCUGACUUGAGUCCAAAUCAAUCGACUCGAGACUAUGAGCCGAAACAGGUGGAUGUAGAGUCAGCUUGAUGCUGCCCCUUUGAAUGCUGGAUGAGAGCUGUGGUAUGUAGUUUCCAUGGCCCCAAUUUGGCUUUUUUCUAGAGAAAAAAGCAGCAAAAUGACACUUCUUUUUGCACUGGAAAAGGGGCGCCCUUCCCACAGCCAUCUUUUGGCUUUUUGGUGUUUCUGUGGUGUGCAGGAUCUAAACGCCACGCCACCGAAUUGCCGAAAAGCUGUUGCCAUGUAAACAGCCAGGCAGCUUCGUAGCAGCUUCCUGCUGGCUUGGGGGUGCACAUCAUGCGUACACCAUGCCCCCCAAGCCACCAGGAAGCCGGCGUAUUUUGCCCGUCUGUUUCGGCUCUACAUCAUUUUAGCCCUAAUGAGGGUCACCAUAGGAACAUGAAUACAUAACAAUCACAAGUUUGUAACUCCACAUUAUACAUUAAUAACUGUGAUGGCUAUUCUAAUGCUAUUGCAAGCCAUCCUGAGAUCUCGUGAUAUAGUAUGGUGUACAAAUAAUUAAAUACAUAAAUAAAUGUAGGAUUCUGGCCAUUAUUUUUUGUAUUUUCUUAUUUGAGAAAUGGUGCUACUAGUUCAUUAUGUAAAAUAAGCAAGACUACAGAAUCAAUGCCAAAAGUUUUUAUGUGAAUAUAAAAGAAUAUUUCUUGAACAGAGAAUAAAACCAUGUUUACAAAUUAGUGCAAAUUACUUUUUUUUACAGUUUUAAUAUAGCCUAUUUCUUCGGCAGAGACAAUAAUUGGCUUGCAUUAAAGGGCUUCGACUAUGAUAAUUCUAAUUGGAAAUAUAAAUGCAGACCUACUUCUUGUCCUUAAGGAAAACAUUAGUAUUGCUUACAGUUAUAUGAUCCCAAGCAAAUGGUUACUUGAUAAGAAUGGAACACUUAUGUUUGAAGAGAAACAUCAAUUCUACUGAAUAUGUUAGCCGGACAGCAAAGAGCUAUGAAAUUCUUUUUUAAGUCAAUAAUUUGAAAAAAAUAAUGAAAAUCACACAUUCCAUAAUUACAAUACCUAUUAAUAAAAGUGUUAUACAAAGAAA